UUGGUCACAAUGUUUUAUGCCGUUACAUUUUUCACCAUCCUGAUCCUAUUGUUCCUUAUAUGGGAUGUACGCAAACCUCGACGCUUUCCACCCGGCCCUAAAUGGUAUCCCAUUGUUGGCUGUGCCCUACAAAUUUCCCAAUUACGUGCCAAGCAUGGCAUGUUCUGUAAGGUCAUUGAUGAACUCUCCAGACUCUAUGUAAAUCCGUAUGGCCUAUAUGGUCUGAAAAUUGGCAAGGAUAAAGUGGUGAUUGCCUACUACAAUGAUACGAUACAGGAAAUGAUGACCAAUGAAGAUUUGGAUGGCAAACCGGAUGGUAUAUUUUAUCGUAUGCGUACCUUUAAUUCCAAAAAAGGUAUACUUGUCACCGAUGAAGAAUUGUGGGUGGAACAGAGACGUUUUAUUCUCAGGCACUUGAAAGAUUUUGGUUUUGCCCGCAGUGGCAUGAUACAUGGCAUCCAGCAGGAGGCUGAAUAUCUAUUGGAAGAUUUAAAGGAUAUUGUACGAGAUCAGGGAGGAAAGAGGGCUAAAGUCGCCAUGGUGAACCUAUUCACAGUCUAUGUCCUCAACAACUUGUGGUCCAUGAUGUCGGGAAAACGUUACGAUCGCAACAGUGAAGAAAUCAAUGAUUUGCUGCAAAUGUUUUUUGAAUUAUUUCAACAUGUGGAUAUGGUCGGGGCCAUGUUUAGCCAUUUCCCCUUUAUGCGUUAUAUUGCACCCAAUUAUUCCGGCUACAAUGCCUUUGUCGAGAAUCAUGAACGUAUUUAUAAUUUUCUACGCAAAGAAGUGCGGAUCCACAAGGAAACAUUUAAAAAUUAUGAUAUACCACGAGAUCUAAUGGAUAGUUACUUAAGAGAAUUGGAAAAUCCCGAUCGUAGACCAUCGUUCACCGAGGAACAAUUACUGGCAGUGUGUUUGGAUAUGUUUUUGGCCGGUUCGGAAACGACAAAUAAAAGUCUGGGCUUUGCAUUUCUUCAUAUGGUUCGUAAUCCCGAAAUACAGGAAAAAGCCUACAAUGAAAUUAAAGAAGUUGUGGGUCUUGAACGGCGACCGGAAUGGAAAGAUCGCAUUAAAUUACCAUAUUGUGAAGCUAUUGUCCUGGAGGGUGUACGCAUGUUUAUGGGCAAUACAUUUGGUAUACCACAUCGUGCUUUGAAAGAUACUCGCCUAUCAGGUUAUGAAAUACCCAAGGAUACAAUGGUCAUUGCCUGUUUUCGUGGUAUGCUAAUGAAUCCUGUACAUUUUCCCAAUCCACAACGUUUUAAUCCGGAAAGGUUUCUCGUUGACGGUUGUUUGAAGGUACCCGAAGCCUACAAUCCCUUUGGUUAUGGUCGCCAUCGUUGCAUGGGUGAUAUUUUGGGCCGUCAAACGAUGUUUAUGUUCAUAACAACGGUAUUGCAGAAUUUCCGUUUUGAAGCUCUGCCCGGACCACUGCCGGAUGAUGAACCUCUAGAUGGUGUAACAUCAUCAGUGAAACCCUAUAUGGCUUAUAUGGUGCCACGACAUGCUUUUAUAGAUUAA